GUCCCCUCAAACGCUUCCCGGUGGCGGAGGUGGAUGAUAUCCUGAAGGAUGUGGUGGGAAGUUACCUGAGGGAACAGCCCUACGAGCCGGGCCGGUGCAGGGAGAUGGCGAAGGACAUCGCUGAGGUUAUCAAAGCUCGGGUGAAAGACCUCAUGAUACCGAGGUACAAGAUUGUUGUGGUGACACAUAUUGGGCAGCUGAAUGAGCAGAGCAUGCAAGUCGGAAGCAGGUGCCUGUGGGAUCCUGCGAGGGAUACGUUUGCGUCAUAUGUGUUCAAGAACACUUCACUUUUUGCUCUGGCAAAUGUGUAUGCUGUCUAUUUUGAAUGA